AUGGUGUUGAGACAGCUGGCUGAUGAAGAACAAGAUCGCUUUCCGUUGGCAGCAAUGGCCGUAAAGAAGUCUUUUUAUAUUGACGACAUGCUUGCUGGUGCCAACACCUUGGAAGAAGCUGUGGAACUACUACGACAAGUCACAGAUUUACUGAACGUCGGUGGUUUCGACAUACACAAAGUGUGUUCAAACUCCAAGGAGUUACUUGUCAUGGUUCCUGAAGAAAAACGCGAGAAAUUCGGUACAAUUGAUGAUGCAGCAGUUAACUAUUUAAUGAAAACACUCGGAAUAGUAUGGAAUCCAUCUAGUGACGUGUUUUCGAUUCAAAUUUCGGAAAUGCAACCGUCAUUGCAUCUGACAAAGCGAAUAGUUCUAAGUGAAAUUUCAAAAAUUUUCGAUCCGCUGGGUUUCCUCGGCCCUGUGCUCACAGCUGCUAAGCUUAUCAUGAGGAAAAUAUGGCUUCUUGAUCUCCACUGGGACGACGCUCUUCCACAGGACUUAGUGGAGCUUUGGACGGAAUUUCGUAAAAGGUUGCAAACGUUGAAUGGUUUCGAAAUUCCACGUUGCGUCAUUCAUUAUGACUGUAUUGGUGUCGAGCUACAUGGAUUCGCUGAUGCAUCCGAUCUGGCUUAUGGGGCUUGCCUCUACACGCGGUCUCUAUUUCGUGAUGGAAGUGCUGAAAUGAAAUUGAACUGCAGUAAAUCGAGAUUAUUGCCAAAAAAGUCAGGAUCUAAAAAGAUCGUUACGACCCCGCGAGGGGAGCUACAAGCAGCACUUCUGUUGUCCCGUUUAGCAGUGAAGUUAGUUGGUGUCAUGGAUGUGCAAUUUCGAUCCGUUACCUUAUGGAGUGACUCGCAAAUCGUGCUACAUUGGAUCAAGAAAUCUCCAGACGCGCUGAUGAUUUAUGUGGGAAAUCGCGUAAUGCAAAUCCAACAACUGACAAACGAAUUUGAAUGGCGGUAUAUAUCGUCCAAGUCGAAUCCUGCAGACCUCAUUUCGCGAGGAGUUCAACCGAAUCAACUUCUAAGAUGGCAAAUCCUGGUGGACUGGACCCGACUGCUUGAAGAAAGUAGAUAUUCAGUUUGA